AAGUACUUGAUUCCGUCUGUGAUUCCGACCCAUUGAUGUGAGCUUCUCCCAACAUCUAUUCUAAUCUGAUCCCUAAUAUCUCAGCCUCGCUGUUGCUUGGGGGAACUGAAGCUCAUCCUAAACCCCUUUCAAAAUGACGAUCACCGUGGAGGAAGCGCAGAAAGUAAUCGUGAAGACCUUCUCUAAAUCCCAGCUUUGGCACGUUGUCGGCAUAUCGGAAGUUGAGAAUAUAGACUCAUACAGUCGUACCCGGAUUCACACAACCUACAUCCUCGAUCUAGCGUCAUCCGCUGAUGGUACCUCGACACAUACCUCCUUCAUCACUAUUUUAACUGCGGCAGAAAAUCUUACCUCUGCUUUCCCUUCUAACUCACUUCAUAUCUUCGCGCAGCUCAUCACGAUGAUUCACAAAGGGACAUCCGUCCCCAUACCCGAACCCAUCCUAGACACAACUUUGAGCGUCAUUUCGUAUCCAUAUCUUCUUACACCUCCCCAACCACUCCGAUCAAACUCAAUCAUCACUAUCUCUGCUGCCCGAUCUCAAAAUCUUCUAACAGCACCUCAAGAAGCUUUCAUAGACCGUACUUUAGGUCAGUUCUUGGGACAGCUUCAUUCUGGAGUACAGAACGAUUGGUUUGGUCCUCCGAGCAUCUCUCAGCCAGUCGAACCAUCCUACAGCUGGCAAGACACCUUUGUUGCACUCCUUGAGCCCCUUCUUGAGUAUGCACACGACUCGGACAUUGAUCUUGGAGCACCCUACAAGGAUAUCCAGACAUAUCUAGCUCGGGCUAUUGCGGCUUUUCUCUUUGAAGACGUAGAAGUUCCCUCUCUGAUUUGGUUCACUGGCUCAGAGGAUGAUAUUUAUAUUACGCGUCCCAGGGACACCUCUCCUUCUAUCCAAAUAGCGGCCAUAGUUCCGACUCUUGCUCAUUCUCUUUGGGGAGAUCCGCUCCUCGAAACUUUCUUUCUCCCACCCGCACCGUCAGAAGUUGUAAAGGAAGGCUAUGCGGAUGGCGGGGGAAAUCCCUUGCUGGUCUUCGCAAGGCAAAAGACAAAACGAUUGUGGUAUACCAUAUUUUUGGCUCUCGUUGUUCUUGUCGAGAGAGAAGGGCUCCAAAUCACCGAUUCCCCCUUCAACAAGCGGCCAUGGGCGCUGGAUGCGUUGAAACGAUGUACCCGGGCGUUAAAAGACGCGCCAUGUUAUUAACGCUCACGAUAAUAUUUCAGCGGAAAGCUUAAUCUAUCCCAAGGCUACUUAUAGUUCAAAUGCCGAAGUUGCAUGUCUAGCAAAGGAAAGCACAACGAAGUGACAAAUUAGGAACAUUGUAGGAGACUGGAGGAGACUGAGACACAUAGUCGACGGGUCGAUAUACGUGAUUGCAUUAUCAACGUUCAACAGCCUCGGUGCUGGCGUCAGCUGGUGUACUCGAGCUUUGAGGUACUGUUCACCUAGCAGUGGAUGCGGAUCUGCUUAUAAUUAAGAUGGAUUAUAGUGGAUAAUCGAUAACCUCCGGUCAAUUGACGGUAGUAUGAAGAGAAUCGCCACGGCGUAAUGCCAUGUAUGCAAUUGUAGGUAUAAUGACUUGAAACUAUAAGGGAUGCCUCAGUGAAGCAUAGUUGUUGUUCAGAAUAUAUUUGUGUUCAACGAUUU